UUAGGGCCGUCAAAUUGGCGUUGGCGCAUUGCGAUGUGAAGUGUCAAAAGCCAACGCGUACAGAUCUAGUGCAGCACUUUGACCUUGGUGUGAGCACGAUCAGUUGAGAGUAUGGCGAGCAUACAUAUGAGUAAUGAAGAGUUCUUCACGAGACUGGCAGAGCUCUUCGAUUCGAGACGUAAUAAAGGGCAUGGCACAGUCUUCCUGACACAAAAGCGCUUAACAUACGCUUUCGACGACGAAACAGACUUUCCCCCAUCAGCCGAAAAGGUCAGCGAUGACCCGCUAUGGGACUUGCAUCCGCCGCACCCUGUCCCGGUUCUCAUUAGAGCAACAGAUGGAGCAUCUAAGGAAAAGAGAAGAGAUCGAAAGAAAGAUGACAAGGUCAAAUUGUCAACGAUAGUGCAACCAGAUGCGCUGGACAGUUUCUAUGUGCGGUAUGCAGAGAUUUGCAAGACGGGAAUGUCUGCAUUGAAGAAGAGAGAUCGAAGCAAGAGAAAGAAGGUGGCGAAGAAGAAGAAGGCCGGAGGUGUGGAUGAUGGCAACAAGGCAUAAAACUCUGAGGCAUUCACAAACAUCGCCAAAGCAAAGCGAUGCAUAUCGUGCUAGCCUUGCUCGAAAUGCAAUACUGAAGUGCUUCGAGAUAGUGCAAACUAUUCACUUCGAGGAAAAUGGUCGGAGAUUAUACAUGGACGCCAAAAAGAUUCUAUGUAUGACUCGCCCUAGCAUAUUGCCUGAUAUAUAGGAGCUCUAAUACCCGUCGAAACUAGUAAGCGGAAAU